GGGUCAGCAAUGAUGGAAAACACAGUAAUAGUUGCAAUGGUUGCUCGGAGGCUACUGCUUGAAGAACCUGAAUUGUCAACGCAGUCUGCAUCUGUCACAGAUGGGGAUCAGAUCGAGUUGUAUGUAUCAUCAUCCAUUAAAAAUGCAUUCUCAAGGAUACUGCAUGAUGUUGAAACAAUAUCUGAUACAACACAUGAACAUCCCUUGGCAGUACUUGCAGAACAGGCUAAGAAACUUUUGAAUAAAGAUAAAACCAUGUUCAUGCCAAUCUUAUCCCAGAGGCAUCCAUAUGCAACUGUUGUUUCUGUAUCUCUUCUUCACAAACUUUAUGGGAACAAGUUGAAACCAUUCCUAAAUAGUGCUGAGCAUCUUAGUGAGGAUGUUGUAUCUGUAUUUCCGGCUGCUGAUAGUUUCGAGCAGUAUGUCAUGGAACUCAUCAUGUCUGCUUGUGAAGAGGAAACUGCGGAGGCCUACUGCAGAAAAUUAACUUUAUACAAGGUUCCUUCUGACUCUCUGAAUGGAGUUGUCCUAGUGUUCAUCAUCUUACCUUCUGCAUCAUCAUAA